CAGACGUUUAUUAAAAUGAUUGCUUCCGUUUGUUGCCUCAAUCGUUGUUGGCAACAGUUUUUUCGUAAAUGAAUAUGUGAUUUCAAAAGCUGUAAAGAUGGAAAUUAAAAAGAAAAACUUACUACACGAAAUACUCGCCAUCACUACAAAGUAUUUUUUCAACCCACCUACCUUAUGGAUCUCGAGCAAAUAGUAAUAUGCUCCCAUGUGUACAUAUGUAUAUAUAGAAGAGAACUCUCACAAAUUUUGGACACUUACCUAGUAAAUAACUGCGUUACGAUUGCAAUAAAAGCGAUUUAAUUAGAGCAUUUAAGAUGCCAUUUUUGAAUUUUUUAUAAGACUUCAUCUUUAUACAAAUUACAUUACGUCUGGACCAUUGUUAUUCUUGAAAGUGUGGACUUUGCAGUGAAGUCUGCCAGUGCUUACUUCGAUGUCUCGUGCAACACCUGAAAAAUGGUCAAAGCGGUUUCAGCCCGAGCAACAGCAACCACGGCCGCUUUGUACGUAGCAAAACAGCAAUUGCAGUUACAACAAGAACAGCCGAACGGCAAGAAAUCUAAGCAAAAUCAUCAAAAAGAACCGCAGACUUCUUUUUUCCGAUCUGAACCCGAACAAAUUUUAAAACAACGUGGACAGCAGUUUGCUCUUGACGCUGAGGAGGUGGAAGAAGAGGAGGAGGAGCCGUGUGCGAAACGUAUUGCUGUUGGAGCGCUCAGCAAAAUGGUAAUACCAUCCUCGGCAGCAACAGCAACCACCAGCACGUCAUCAGCGUCCGUAUCCUCUUCCGUCACAUCAGCAACAACGACGAACAAUGUUAACACGUAUGCUCACGCUGAUCAGCAGCAAAUACAACAACAAAGGCAACAACAAAAUGCUCUCUAUCAACAACAACAACACCCGCCCACUAGCCUCAACAGCCAACAGACAGCGCCGCGGCAACAUCCGAAGAAGCGGAAAUUCGACCCAGCUGAGCUGGACCGGCAACAGCAAACCUCGCCACAACCACAACACCACAGCGAUAGCGCAGCAGCGACGUCGUCGAUCUCCACAACAACCACAUUAUGGCAUGAUAACAAGCCAAUUUCGACGAAUAAAAAUGCUAAUAUAAACGCCGAGAACAGUAACGGUAUCUUACCUUCGGCGAGUUUGAAGAACAACAACGGGGCUGCCACAACGAGUACAAUAUCAUCAGCAGCAACAGCAAAUAUUGUUGUUACAAGCUGCAAUAGCAACCUUUCGUGGUCCGCUACAACAACAAGUGGUGCAAAUGAAGUUGCAACAUCGGCGGACAUGCUCAAUACAGCGUUACGUUCGACUAUCCAACAACAGCAGCACUCGCCAGCAACAUCGAUGAUUGUGAGUCCGGUGGCAACGGCGACACUUUCUACCAUAACACUGCCGGCAGGAGUUGUAGUUGGCGCUGGCGCCAACAGUAACAGUGGAACUACAGUUGUAACGGCGGUUGGGCGUGCCGCCACCACUCUAGAAAACCCCGAGAAACGCACCAUAACAAGCACACAGCCGUCGAGUAAUUACAAGCUGCAAAAUGUGUUAAGUGUGACUCACAGCACCGGCAAUAAUCGCACUCUAACUUCUACCAGCAAUACUACGUUGCAACAACAACGACACAGCUAUCAGCAGCAUUUACAACAACCACAGCCAGUGGUUACCAGCCAGCAACAGCAUCAGCAGCAGCCGCCGCUAGUUGCUAAUUUGGAUCUCAGCGAAUGGUCGAAUACGCGCGUAUUGGCCAAAUUAAAUAACUUCUAUGCAUCGGGUAUUAUACGACAGACGACAUCGUACAAUGGCAGUUGCAGUGGCGCAGAUGCUAACAGCAGACCGCCUUCAGCUGCUACACCGAAUUCAAUUACAGUCGAAUUCGAUCCGCCGGAAAAUUGCACACAACGCUAUUCGGACGUUUUGGGCAAUGGGCGUUUCAAUGUGAUAUUGGACGCUAGUCCACCAUUAGCUGAUAUUAAUGUGGACACUCGAGUUUGUGUGCGCAGUCAGAUAGAAGGUCGUUCGGGUUACGUCUUUGUGGAGGGCACGGUUACGGACAUCAAUGCAAACACAAAACAGUUCACCGUUCAAAUUCACACAGAUUCGACGCCAAUAUUUAAAACUGUUAAACGGGCAGAUUUGCGUCUGCUGCUACCGCCAUGGUGGGACGAAUUGCGUGAACUUUCACCUUUUCCACAUCAGCACCACACACAUGUUUUUGGCGCACAUAAGGCGAGCGGUGCACACCCAUCGCUGCUCACAUCUCCACAUCAGCGCACUGCCGGUGGCAGCGGUACUUCAGGGUCAGCGACACACAAAACCAUUGUCGGUCACCAUCAUCCACAAUUGAGUUAUGUGGCUACACGUUAUGACAGCAAAAUUCCGACACAUCUUACGGUAGCCGGCUCACAACAGCUGCCCGCACACAUGACUUCAUAUAGUGUCGCACAACAGCAUCUGCAAAAGCAAGAAGAGUUUUACCGGACGACUGCCACCUCACCCUUCCAAACUGUAGGUGGCAGUGGGCAGCCAUUGCUUGUGAACGCCCACAAUGCGGGAACGAUUGGCAAGAUUAACGGCAACGGCAACGGCAACAAUGCCGCAACGUCGCUACCCGAAAUUGUUGUUUCUCAACAGCAAUUGCAGUUGGGCGGCGGCAGCAGCAGCAGCAACAGCCAUCAACACUCACAUUCACCAUCAGAUGAUCUACAGCGGCGCCAGUCACGGCAAUAUGAUGAAUUCGAGUCGGAUGAUGAAUUAAAGGGUGUGCAAAUAGAUGGUUACACACUUGGCGAUGGUGAUCCCGAGAAGCUAUCGGCGGGCAGCAAGCGUAGCAGUGUACAGAGCCGCGGCAGCACAUCAAGCACCCCAAGAUCUCAAGGAACAACGCCGCAUCGUUUCAAAAAAGGUGAUAUUGUUCAGUCGGAAUCCGGAGUGCGCAAAAAAUACAAUGGCAAACAAUGGCGUCGCCUAUGCGGUAUGUGCUCGAAGGAAUCUCAGCGACGUGGUUUGUGCUCGCGCCAUCUUAAUCAGAAAGGCAAUGCUUUUCGGCCAAAUGGCGCUAAUCGAUUUCCUGGUGAUAUGAAUAGUCGUUCAAGCAGUAAGACGCAAGUGGACGAAGACACUUCGCGCGACUCAGAAACGUCACCCAACUACCGUGUGGCGGGCCGCUCUGACCAGGAGGAAACUGAUGUGGCUAAUAUUUUAGUGUCACUGAGCAGUUCACGUUCGGCCACGCCAAGCUAUUCUUCACCUGUCAACCAUGGUACCUCGCCGAUGAAUGUUACCAAUUCGCCCGUGCCAGUAGUCUCCAAUCGCCAAAAUUUUUUCACGCCAAUAGGCGGUGGGCCUGUUGUAACAGCGGACGCGCAAACAACUAAAUGGAAGCCCGCAGCCAGCCCCAUACAGUAUGGUACAGUGGGUUAUUCACAAGUUAUACGCCCCGAAACGGUGCGUGCGCAAGGCAAUGCUACCGCACCACCGCCACAACAAUCGCCCGUCUCUAUGGUGAUACACAAUCAAAACACCGCUAAUGUAGCAGCUGCACAUCUGCCCGGAACCGCUGGCAAUAUACAUCAUUCCUCGCUGCACUCAGCGCAUCACCAGGUACCGCCACCACUAUCUCCAGCACAAUCUGCUGUCAUGCAACAGCAGCAUCAUUUGCAGCAACCGCCACUCGCGCAUAGCCAUAUAUCGCCAGCCGGGCCACCUCCACCGCUACCGAUCGUUAGCAGCGCUGUAAUUGCACCACCUCGGCCACCUGCUUCUGUGGUUACAAGCGUUGGUCACGCCACCACCAGCGUUAUACGGAUCUCACCUGCUGCCGCCGCUGCCGCCAAUAAUGGUUCCACAGCUAAUGGCAGCACCGCAGCAUCGGCAUUGCCGCAAUCCUUUCAUCCUGUCAUAGUCGAUCCCACACAGCUGGUGCCUUUGCUCUCGCCGGCAAGUGGCAAUUCAUCGUUGCAGACAGGACAACCCACAUUGGUUUCGAUCAGUAGCGGUUUGGGUGUGGGUGGCAGUAAUAGUUCGCUCAUAGCCGCCGCACAUCAACACAAUUUGCAACAUCAGGCGCCAGCGCCACCGAUUUCAAAUGAAAAGACGAUUUCAAAAAACGGAUUUCCGCCGGGGUCGAUAUAUCAAUGGCAAAUGCUGUUGCCCACCAUCAGUCAGUCCCCCGUUAAACCGACCAAUUUUACGAUAGCCGGCAUCAUACCGCCAACGGCGGAAACACCACCUCCACAACAACAACAACAGCAGCAACAGCAACCAACACAAGGAAUUAAUUUGAUAAAUCACCAUGGCGCCCACAACAGUCACAGUAAUCAUAGUCUGAGCGUCGGUCAUAAAAUGACCGUUGACUUAGACUCACCCGAAAAGCCUCUGAAUUUCUCAACAAGUGAUGCGGCGGCCGCCAUGAAUACUACUUUUAAUAUUAAUAAUGGAGCAGGAACAUCGGGUGGUAGCGGGGGCAACAGCAGCGUGCCACAAGAAGAUAAUGACGAUCAAUUAGACGAUGACGUAUUCGAACCAAUGACAUCAGCGCAUCCAAAGCCGAAGCACGCACGAUUCGCCAUCAACAGCAGCAGUGACAGUUAUAGAUAUGGCAGUUCGUCUAAGAAUAAAUAUGGCAAUGAAGGUAUGGGAGAGGCGAAGACGUCAACAACAUCCGGUAAUAGCGGUGCGGCGGCCAAACGACGUUCACAAUCGCUUAGCGCAAUACAACAACAACAACAACAACAGCAAGCAAAAUCAACUGCCGGAGGAGGAACUUGUGCCAUCGACAAGGAACCCUCCAGUCCAGAACCGGACAAAAUCCGUCGUCCUAUGAACGCUUUUAUGAUUUUCUCGAAAAAACAUCGUAAACUAGUUCACAAAAAGCAUCCGAACCAAGACAAUCGCACUGUUAGCAAAAUUCUAGGUGAAUGGUGGUAUGCUUUAAAACCGGAGCAGAAAGCUAAAUAUCAUGAAUUGGCCAGUUCGGUGAAGGACGCCCAUUUCAAGCUGCAUCCACAUUGGAAAUGGUGUUCGAAAGACCGUCGUAAGUCUUCUAGUUCAGGCAAAGGUGGACCAUCUGGGGGACCUGUGGACAGUAGUGACGGUAUCGAUUUGCCAAUACAUAGUCCCGGUUCAGCGAGUGCUUCAAGCAACACUGCCAUCGACUCUCAAGGCGAUAAUAUACCACUUACAAUUGAGGAAACUCUGGGUCAAGUGAAAGAGGAAAAGACGAGUAUAAAAGCUGAGGUGGUGCAACCAAUCGAAACCCAACAGUCCGAUGAUGAGCACAUGCUAGUGGUAGAUGAAGCCACAAACAAUAAGCAGAGCAGCAAUAGCUGCAAUUCAGGAUCUCAACAGCACGACUCUACAUUAAAGCAAAUAGAUCUAAAGUGUCGUGAACGCGUUACCGAUUCCGAUGUCGAGGAUGCCGCUUAUGAUUAUAGAAAGACCGCAUCGAAUGCGACGAAGAAUGUACAAAGUGAAAACUCAGCUGAAAACGAAAAGCUCUCAAUGUCGAAGGAAGCAAGUAUAAAAAAUGAGAGCCAAAAUAAAUCGGAAGAAAUUUUAGCGCACAGCUCUUCUGGCAACAACGCUCUUAACCCGAGCACUGAGCGCGACAUAACAUUGAAACCGAAACCCAUCAAGCCAUAUGCCUCUAGCAUUGAAAGUAGCAUUCUUAGUCCUCAGCAGAUGCCGAAGUACUCAUACAACAGUCCGAAGAACCCAAUCGGUGUAACACCAUUCCAACCAACAGGCGGUGCGUUCAAAACCAUGCCAAUAAGCCCGAAAAGCACGAAGCUAGAUGAACAACAGCUGCAACCGAUACAUAUAAAGCAGGAGGAUAUCAAGCAAGAGCUGACUUCGCCAUACAUAAUGAAUGGUGGCGGUGCGAAUGUAAAUAGCGUAUUUACAUUCAAUGUGCCAAUGGGCGCGGCAGCCAGUCUAAAUCAAAAGCAACAACAAACAACAGGACAUCCAUUACGCAGUCCCAAUACCAUGGAGGGUAGUAAAGCAAGUCAGUUGAUUGUCGCUAAAACCACAGAGUGCCGAAAAGAUACUCGUCCCCAGGCACUUUCUGACUUCGCCGAUGAGGACUACGAUGCUUACGAGACAGAAACGGAUUUUGAUGAUAUCGAAUUUUAUACAAUACCAAAAUUACGUUUAACCAGCACACCAACGACGCCCAGUUGCAACAGAACACCAACAACGAAAACGUUUUCAUCAAUUUUGGCUGUAAGCACGGUUGAGCCACUGGCUGAUCGGCCGCCACCAUUGAAACGAAGACAAUUCACUAUCGUGCGUUCAUUGACACCACAACAACAGCACAACUCACCACAUCGUCAGUUGAAAUAUUUACAUCAGCGGCGGGUGGAGACACCGCCUACAGUAAUUACACGCGUGCCGACACCCUUUGGUGUUAAUGAGCCGCAAUCGCCGAAGCUCAGACGACAAUCGUUGAAUUCCUCACCUGCUCAGUUUGCAAUUAUUCGUACACACCACCAUCAUCAUCAUCAUCAUCCACAUUCUAAUCCACACUCGAAUGCACAUUCAUUAAGCUCUACACCGCCACCUUUGUUUUUCAACAAAGCAUCUAGGAGCGCGACCAUGAUAUCACCACUCACCCUACCUGCGGCCACCACAAUAUCAAACACCACCUGCUCAUCCAUUAUACCCUCAUCAUCAACAUCCACAUCCACAACAGUCUCAUCCUGCUCGCAAACUGACAAAAUUAAUGUUUUCCCCUCUCAUUGCUCCUCAUAUAAUGCUAACAACAACAACAAUAACAAUAACACACCAAUUUUAUCAUCUACAACAAAAUCGUCGACUCCAACGACAACAACAACGAUUACAAAAAAACUGAUUACAAUUAAAAACGGCUGUUCAAAUAAUCCAAAUCUCGCCGCAAAUGCUAAAGACGUGUUUAAUAAAAACUCAACAGCGGCCCGCUCCACCAUUCUGUGCGACCCGAUGGUAAUAGAGCCGAGGAAAGACGCGCAGAUUAACGAGACCGAUGCGGAGACAUCAGCAGUUGAUGCAACUUCCAACAUUAAAGCACCAGCAAUCACAAUGCAACAACCACCGACAAUGCUGGUAAUAACCGAUGGACAGCGAUAUGCCAGCAGCUCCAGUGCUCAGUUAGUGCCGCAUAAAUUGAAAAAGUUUUCAGACGCUGGCAAUGGCAGUGCGCCAGCCACAUACACCUACGUGUUGGCAACCAAUAGCAAUGCCGGCCCCAACAAAGCCAGAGGAAGUAUCAAUCCAAACGCGUUAAACAUAAAUUCUACCCCCUCCACACCCAUCACAGUCAAACAUUCAAAUAGCGUUGCGACCACUUUGCGUCCAUUGUCGCUGAUCAGCGUGAAUUCCUGCAACAAAAUUACGCUGCCGGCGAACGCACGCAUACUCGCCGCAACUUCAUGCUCUUCCAAUAGCAACAACAGCGGCAAUAUUGUCGCUAUGGGCAAUGGCAACAUAGGAAUUAGUGGCAGCAAUGCACCGCCGAUUGGCAGCACGCUCACGCUGUUGAGUACAACACCAUCGCUUACUGCAACCGCUACACGUUUGGGCUGUGGCAGCAAUAUCAAGAACAAUAAUAACAGUAUCAUUACAAUUACUAAUGCUACUAACAGCAGCAGCAAUAACAACAACCUCAAUAACAUAUUCACUUUCAACGACACAAUAGCAACAACUAGCGGUUCCGCCGCCUUCAAUGCUGACGUCAAAAGUGGCGGUGGCAGCAGCGAAGGCAACGGCGGUAGCACUUCGAUUUUAAUGUUCAACUCAAAUAUUGCAACUGUUGUUAAUUCCACAGCCAGCGCAGCGUCAUCAUCGGUGCCUUCGUCACCUGCAGCGGCUAGCGUAGCCAUCAGCUCGACGGCGGGCUCCUGCUUUACCAACACUCCAGUCAUGACACCAACACAAAUACUCGCAACGACGACUGGUGGUAAUGGCGGUAUCGCAAGCGGCCAGAAGCAGAUACUUUUCACAGUUAACAAUAUGUUAAAUCAGGUCGCCCUUUUGCCAAUGCCACAACUAACAGAAUCGUCAGGCAGUAUCGCCGCCGCCGGCAAUGUUUCAUGUGGACCAAAUAAGCCAACUGCCAUCUCUUACCCCAAUUACAAGAAGAACAAUGGCCAAACGACUUAUGGUGUGAAUACAAAUAUAAAUGGCGGUAAUGCUAUUUCAAAUGCCAACAACAAUAACGGCACUUUAAUGCACAAUUAUACUGAGUCUACCCAAAAAUCACCGUCUUGCAAAUCAUUACCCACCACUCCGAAAUCGGCGUGCUUGUCUUCAACUUUCGCAAUGAAUCCACCGGACUCGGCUGGUAAACGCAGCACAGAUAGCAGCUCCACCUCAGCUUUGGACGCCGAGGAUGAGCAGAAUGACAUUGGUGGCAGACAGCAGUUCGUUUUGGCACCAACGCCAGCACAACUGGGUCGUGCGAAAUUUCCGCGACGAAAAAAUUUUUCUUCAAACAACACAGUAAACGAUAAUGGCAAUAAUAACACAUUUUCUACCACUGUUCUGAUGGGAUGCAACUCUAUGAAGAAUUUGAAUUCGCCUAUUAUGGUGGACUCAUCAUCGCCAAUAAUUGGCAAUGUAAACACGGUUGUCAGCUCGAUGGCAUCGGCGCUACCCACACCCACUUCGUCAACGACCACGCCAAACAGUGAUGAACAAAUGCCAACUACACCAUCGGCUGUUAAUAGCAAUAGCAGUGCCGGUAGCGUAAGUGAUUUAAGCGGUAUGUUGAAUCCCAAGUCGCCGAUAAAAUUAGCAUCAGUGACCAAAAAGAAAAACGAUGACAUGGAUAAUGUCUUAAAACAAGUUGAUUUCGAAAAGAAAUAUCAGGCAUUGCCACAGUUCAAACCCGAGGAUUGUCUAUCUCCCAGCGCCAUCGCAGUGCCAUCAUCGCCACGCGUCUACGGUACUAAUUAUCGAAAAAAGAAUCCACCACAGCCAAUUGUGCCACCAAAAAAGCCCGUCUGCGAAGACGAAUCAGCCAUUGAGACAGCAUCAUUGCCAUCGACACCGUCACAGCGUUUCUUCGGACCCGAUUUCAACAUUGAACAGCUAAAUUUGGAGAACUCCGAUGAGACAGACCGUUCGCCGCGCACUCCACAAACUCCUUUACAAAGUGCACGGUCCGAUGCGAGCGAAAAAGGACAUCGUAAGGUAUUGGAAAUACGGCGCAAGUUUGUUUAUCAACUUUUCAACGAACAUGGCAUGUUUCCAUCAACCCAAGCUACAAUGGCUUUUCAGAAAAAGCACAUCGACGUAUUUCCGCGAAAACAAGAUCUCCAACUGAAAAUACGCGAAGUGCGUCAAAAGUGCAUGAGCCAGGCCGGAUUCACGCCACACUCGGCCGGUCCUAUGACGCCAUCCGCUGAGACCAGCCUGUCCACAACUGCAACAAUAACAACAAAUACAAAUAUAGCAACAACAACGCUAAACCAGAACUAUGGGAGCGGAGAAAGUUAUGCUCAAUCACAAUCAAAUGACGACUAAUUAAGCGGAGCUUCCCUGAAUACGGAGCUCAUGUAAAGGGCCGAUAGUAUUAAAUACACAAUAGCAACUAUUGUUCAUAUUUCUUAUAGAGAGAGAGAAAGAGAGAGAGAGGGAGGAAGGGAGAGUUCCGUACAAUCAAAUUCAAAUUCAGUGUGCCAUGGCAAGAUGUAAUUAUGCAAUUUAUGCAUAUGACCAUAUAAUGCCAUCAAGAGCUGUAAGUAAGUAACAUUUGCAACCGCAAUGAAGAGAAGUUUUUAAUGCCAACUCAAGAAAUAUUUAAACAUAUGCAUGCCCAUUCAAAGGAAAGCAAUUUACUUUGCUAUACCAGAUGAACUGCGACAACAGUGUAUAAGUUCAGUGACAAUGGCAGUGUAUUAUUGUUCGAAAACGGUUUGAUUGUCUCUAUUCGAUAUAUAUAUAUAUAUAUGUAAUAGUUAGAGAAUUCAUAGAAGACAUAAAUUUGAAAUAUUAUGGAGAGAGAACUACAUAAAUACUAGCAAACCGGUUAAUAUAAGCAAUAAGCUACUGUUAUGACAUGUGACCUGGUAACAACAACAAACAACCACAUACAACACGAUUCAUAUUUGUUGCAACGGUACACCAACAACGCCAGUAAAGAAUUACCAUCAUUAAUUGGUAAACGCAUACUAAGCCUAGAAAACUGAAAUGAAAUGGAGUCGAAAAGCGAUUGUGUAUAUUAAGAGAAUCACAAAUAUAGACACAAAGCGAACAGCACAGUAAAGAAACACACAGUAAAUUUAUUUAGCACACAUAUAAUGCAAACACUUUAAAGCAUAUAUAACUAAUCCCAAUUAAUUAAAGCUUAAAUAGUUUUUAAUUUUAAAACGCAUCAAUAAACAAUACUGCAAAGCAUACAGGAUAGAAAUAAACCCUUAUUCAAGCAUAUAAUCAGUGUAAUGAAUUCAAAUAAGUAAAUAAUGAAUUAACCGAUUGUAUUAAUACAAUCAAACAAAGAAAA